AUGAAUGGCCGUUGUUGCCAAACACAACAACCCCACGGAAUUGAAAAAAGCAACAAAGUAAAUUACACUAAUCGUAAUUCUACAGGCUCUACAAAUAGCAGCCAAACAAGUUCUGGAUUUGAAAGUUCUAAAAGUGCCAGUUCUCACCAAUUAGCCCAGCCUUGCCAUUCCACUCCUGUCCACCACCAACUUCAACAACAAAACGAAUCUCCUCAAGCCUUUCAAAUAUCACCAAAUGAAGAUAACUCAAUCUCUUCCCCGUCCUCACGUCUUUCCUCUACUGGAUCAUCUACAGCUACUACACAAGGAGGACGUUCUUCCGCUUAUUUUUCUCUUUCUGAUGGACUUGAUUUGUCUUCAACUGGGAUAGGGGAUGUUGAAAGCGGUACUUUAACUACAAUAUUGAAGAAAGGUGAAAGGUCUUCCAAAACAGAAAGGGCAAAAAGAGGAAACUGUUCACGUGUAAAUAUUGGAGAAAUGUUGGCAAAAGGAAUUCCUGAACAAGAAAUCUUUGCUGAAUGGCUCCAACGUUUAUGUCUUUCUGAAUAUUUGGCACUCUUCUUGUCCCAAGGAUAUGAUCUGCCCACUUUAGCUAGGGCAACACCUGAGGAUCUGACGACUUUGGGAAUUACAAAACCAGAUGAUCGCAAAUGUUUGGUUCAGGAUAUUCAAUGUUGGCAGAAUGUUGCGGAUACAUGGCCAACUGACAUAACCAAAGAAGCGCCCACUCGUGACUGGCUAACUGCCAUAGGUCUCAAACAAUAUAUCCAACAAUUUGAACGUCAGGGGUGUUUGACAGUUGGAGAAUUGGAACAAUUAGAGACUGAAGACUUGGAAGAUAUGGGUGUACAGAAGUUGGGGCAUGCAAAACGGAUAUGGCUGGCUCUUAGAAAAUUGAGGGUGGGAAAUAUUUUAAUUCAAAAGAUGCGUUUUUUUUUGGCGUUUUGUUUUAUGGGACCUUUUAUCCCUGAUUUUAAGCCAAAGUAUAAUUUAAAUUAG